AUGGCGCCACGACUUGCUCCUUCGCAACUAGUCAUGAUCCGUGAUAUGAUCAGCAGCAAAUCGCAGACUACUCCUCAAAUGGCGGAAGCGGCGGACUGCAGCAAACGUUCGAUCAUAACCAUUAGUGCCAAUCUCUGUAUGUUUGGCGAGGUCCGAGCGCCCUUGAUCCCUGGCGGCCGUCCUCGCGUUAUUUCACCCGUUAUACUCGAAGCGCUAUGUGACCACUUGCUAGAGAAUCCAGAUUUAUACCUCGAUGAGAUGGCCUACCCUUCGAUCGCAUGGCUGGACCAAAAAGUGGCUCGACGAAUAGCACAAGAAAGAAACGCUGAUCUGAGAGACUACUAUUUGCACCAGCUGUCAGAUUUCCGCUCGUAUCACUUGGUCUUUAUAGAUGAAUCAGGUUGUGACAAACGGGCUGGCUUCAGGAGGACAGGCUGGUCUCUCCGCGGUGUGGCACCUGUCCAGGUGUCCCAUUUCCAGCGGGGUCAGCGAUACCAGAUUCUCCCAGCAUACUGCCAGGAUGGCAUAUUGAUGUCCCGAGUUUUUCAAGGAUCGACUGAUGCAAAUCUGUUUGAGGAUUUUGUCGAGCAACUUCUUCACCAUUGUGGUCGAUGGCCCCAACCGAAGUCCGUUCUCAUUAUGGACAACGCGUCCUUUCACCAUACUGACCGAAUAAGCGAGCUAUGUUCAAAUGCUGAAUUCUUUGCAGAGCUCAAAGCAUUUGAAUUUAAAGAUUUCCUUGAAUGGAGCUUGGACGUUGUAGGGUUAAGAGAAGAAAGCGCACAAGGUCAUUUUCGACAUGCAAACAUUGAAGUUGACGAGGAAUAA